GGUAGCCCGCACAUGGACAACUUUUCCUGAGGCGACAACAAAAAAUUGAGAGGGAGUUGCGCUCGGGUCAAUUUCUCGGACAACACAACUAUUGUUGGCAACUGUGGCCGGCGAUAGAAAACGUUAUUUUAAAUGUGAGCCCGCACACGAGCAACUUUCCGUUGUCGCCACCACCCAGCCUGCUGCUGCCUUGCCCCUUCAGAUUUCAGUGGUGAGAGGAAGUGGUAGCUAUCAUGUCUGUAAUAAAAGAUGUAUUUGACUGCGAAACACUCAUAACAGAGGUAGAGAAGAGACCACCUCUUUAUGAUUUCCAGCUGAAGGAAUACAGCGAUAAGAAUAUAAAAGAGAAGUUGUGGCGUGAGGUGUGUGAGGCUGUGGUGAGCGAUUGGAAUAUUCUCUCCCCUGAGCAUAAAAAAGAAAAAGCAUGCCUUAACUAUGACAUCACAAAACUCAGGUUUAACAUCCAGAGGUCUAUGGAAAAUUCUCCAUGUAAAUUAGAUUUUUUAAACACAUUUGAAUCACUGGAUUUUCCAGUAGCUCCAACAUCAAUAGCUGUAAAUGAACACCCACUGUCAACUAACGCCAUGAGAAACCAGCUACAGCGAAGAUGGAAAAAUCUCCGUGAAUGCUUCAGGAGGGCGUUAAAGGAUCAAAAAGGCAGGUCAGGAGAUGGUGCCGCUAAGAAAAGGAAGUAUGUUUACUUUGAUCAGCUCCUAUUCCUUGCACCAACUUUUAACGAGCGAGAAACCACAGGUAACUACUCAGCACCGGAGGCUAAUGAUAAGGAGGAAGAACGUGAACAAGGCGACACACCAAGUAAUUCUGCAAACGUGAAUAACGCACAAAGACCACAUAAACCAAGAAAAAUCCAAGGAGCUUCCAACAACAGAUAUGAAGAAGAACUACUUGAAAUAUUAAGAGGAAAGACUAAAGAAAAUUGUGAUGAGGAUACAGCCUUUGUAAUGUCACUAAUUCCGAAGUUUAAAAAGUUCAAUGAUGAGCAAAGAUUUGAAGCACAGAUAGAAAUAAUGAAAGUGAUGAGAAGAGUACAGAUGAUGACGACACAGAUUCCAUCUACUGCUUAUCAUGGCAAUACGCCCUCUACAAGCACUUGUCAACCGUACGUUGCUGUACCAGGUAUGUCUCUGAACACCCAAAGAUAUCUGCCUACAAGUGGUAUGCAUCACAUGCAUCAGCACCAGAUACGUGAAGGUCACCACUCAACUCAAGAAUUUGUACAUACUCCUGGAUACCUUCACAACCAACCUUAUCAACCUCAGCUACAUCAUUCACAAGAAAAUCGCGAAUUUCAACAGUCGGCAUCAAAUAUCACCACCACAGCUUCGUCACCAGCAUCAGAAUAUUCUUUGAACUCAGGUGACACCGACCUAUUAGAACUGUCAUAAUAACACUAUUAUAAUUUUCACACAUGAUUAGUGCUUAGUGUGUAAUGGAUUAAAUAUUAUGUAUUUUCUCGUUCAUGUAUUCCAAUUUAUUCUGGUGUUCACUGAUAACUAAUAUCAUUAGUUUAUCUAAAUAUAAAAAGAAUUAAAAGUUUUUUUUUUCAGAUUUCUAUUGUUGAAUCUUUCAUUGAUUUUGUUGAAGUUGAGUGUUUUUUUUUAUUAUGCUCAAUAUAUAAGGAAAUACAUUUUCUUUUAUUCACAAAGUAUUGGUUACAUCUGAAAGCAAUUCAAUCAUAUCUACAGCGAUGUGUAGUGUAGAAAUAGUGAUGUAUUUUUCUUUUCUGAAAAUGGAACAUAUUUUCUUCAUUUCCCUGUAGUGCUAU